AUGUUGUGGGUGGACCGCUUCCGCUUCCGCUGCCGGCCCACGCCCACAUCGCGCCCGCUCUCCAGCGCCUACGUGGCCCUGGCCAAGGUGGUCCUCCGCAGCGGCAGCAAGCGCAAGCGCGCCCAGGUCGCGGCCACGGCCGCGGCCGACGGCGCCGAUGCCUCCGCAGCGCAGGCCUGGACCCAGCGCCGGCUCCUUCUACCGUCACUCGCGCCCGGCCGCACCGUCCCUGCAGAUUUGAAUAACCUGCCGGAGAGCAUCAAGAAGAAGCUGUACAUCGUGCACUGCUCGGGCAUCCCCGAGUACGUGGAGACCGAGACCUCGGAGGGCAACAAGCUGCGCGUCAAAGUCACCCACCUCAAGCGCCCACAAACCGAAGAAACGGUGGCGUUGGCGGUGUCCAAGUACGCCGAGGGCUACUCGCGCGCGAGCCUGCUGUUCAGAAUGUUCUGCGACGUGUGGUACUUCCGCAACCUCAGCCCGGCGCGCGUGUCCCGCCUCUUCUCCGCGUGUACCGAGGAGACCCGCCAGCCGGGCGACGUCGUCGUCAAGUCAGGCGAGCAGAGGCGGCUGGUUCGGUCUUUGGGGCGGGGCCAGUUCUUCGGCGAGUCCGCGUUGGGCUGCGACCACCAGGCCAAGCGGACCGCCACCGUAGUCGCCCGCACGGGCGUCACCCUCUUGUCCCUGCCCAGCGCCAUGUUCCGUGAGUCGCAGAAGCAGGCCGAGCUGGCCUACGUGCACGCAACGCCGGUGGAAGUCGACCUGGAGCGGGUGCGCAAGUACCGCCAGUUCGUGUGCAGCUCCCUGUGUCGGUCCUAUCUCUUCUCCAGCCUCUACGGCGAGCAGCUCGAGGCCAUCGCCGCCUCCAUCGACGACGGCGCCUUCGCGAUGGCGCUCAAUAUGCGCAAGGCGCACUUCCUGCCCUCGAAAAGGGCCUUCCUGUCCUUCCUCAAGUGCGGCGGCUAUGUGCUCCAGGCGUCGGACAUCGAGCUGAUGUGGAGCGACCUGACGCGCAAGCUGGCCCGGUCGGGCAGGAAGAUCAACCGGGACUACUACCACGCCAAGAUGAUCUCCUACCUCCGACGAAAGGCUCCCGAGGCGGUGAGGAGGACGCUGGAGGAGAUGGAGGACAACGGUGUGACGCCCAACAGCUACACCUACUACCUCCUCAUCCUCGUGGACGACGUCGACGGCUUCUUUUGA